CAAAUCGAUUGCUGCCGACCUCGUGGAAUGCCCAACGAUCCCGACUUUGGACAAUGAUGGCGGAAAAUGGCUGGACAAGAUGGCAAAACUCGAGGAGUAUCUGAAGGACGUUUACAGCCUUCUCAGAACAUUGUAAGCUAAACAUGCGCAUUGAUCCCGACCUUGAUAUUGUCACCAAGACGUUAUUCUCCCCACGGCAGUGACCACAAUACCGAACUCAGGGAGAUCAACACAAGCUCACCAUGAAUCAGAAUGACACCCUUGGCCCCUUUCGUUUUCAUGUGAGUGGGCUUGACAUUCCCGGCUUUCCGCGGAGGGUUUUCCAGUUCAAUCUGCUGAGCGACGCCGAGGCCGAUGGCAUCUUGAGGCAUUUGCUGCAGCCUACGUCAGGGAGCAUCGAGGAGAAGAGGCGGCGCAUCAAGGCCCACUGCGCCAUCCCCAUUCGAGUCUCUGUGACCGUGGGCACAUCCGAAGCAUGA